AUGCAACGCGCACUCGACCGUUAUGACCAGGGCAUCACUCCUAGUGAGAUCUAUGUCAUCAAUCAGCUUGAGGCUAUGCGCCUCACUGAUCUUGCCUGGAAAGUGGUCACUGAGGAUACCAUUUGCCACUGCUGGGAGAAGACAGAUAUUCUUCCUGAUAUGUCUACUCCUCCUCCUACCUCCAACCCCCUUUCUGAGCUUGAGUGGUCUAUGUCUGACUCACUUGAUGCACUUGAGGAAUGUGAUGUGCUUCAGAAGAACAACCACAUUGACCUUGAGGAGCUUGUCAACUCAGCUGCUGAGCAGAUUGUGGUAGAAGAGACUUUAGAGGAGGAGAUCUGCUCAGCUGUUCUUGAAUGGCAUGUAGAAGGUGAUGUCAUUGCCAUUAUUGAUGAUGAGCCUGAGACAUCACUUCCUAGCUGCACAGAUGCAUUAGCUGCUGUUGCUACACUUCAGCAGUAUAUUUGGGUGUUAAUGGGGACUUUGCGUGUAGUAUAA